AUGGCUGGAGACUUGGAAGGGCUGGUAGGAUCGAGCCUUGCAUGUGCUGGGCUCGAAGUAGAGGUAUGGAGGCGCUGGCCUUGGUGUGCGAUGUGGGCUCGAGCUAGGAGAGAGCGGGCCAUUAAGAGAUGUUCGGCUGCGCACUGGAGUUGGAGCAAGCAACGAUGGGCUUUGCAUGAGGCGUGGGCUGCAUAG